GGGAAGCAGCUCGCUGGUUCGCGUCGUGCGCACCUCCCCUCUCCAGAGCGCACAGCUUCCUCUUGCUUCACAGAGCCUGCUCCAAACCCUGCUCUCCAUGCCGGAGCUUGCAGCUGUCUCUCUCGCUCUCUCUCUCUCUCUCCCCCCCACCCACCCGCAGGACGAACCGACGGCAGACUAGACUCCCCUGGACCUGCCAGCGCAAACCUGGCGGAUAUAACUUUAAAACACUUCCCAACACAGUUGGGGGGAGGAGGGGGGGCUGAAUCAACACACCGGACAGCUCGUAACCUCCCAGCUGCGUGGUGACUGACAUCUUUGCAUCUGUGACGGCUACAGGAAUGUGGAAUGCAAGUCUAUCUCAGCGUAAAAGGACCUGCCUGUGCCCCUGACGCCAUGACCACGGACCUGAACUUGACCUCCCUGCUGAAUGUGACUGAUCUUCUCAAUCACACAAGAGGAUGUUCCCUCACCAGGACAGGUUUCCAGUUCUACUACCUGCCCACUGUUUACAUCAUGGUCUUCAUCACAGGGCUGGUGGGCAACAGCCUGGCCAUUUGGAUGUUCGUGUGCCACAUGAGACCCUGGAGCAGCAUCUCCGUCUACAUGUUUAACCUGGCGCUGGCCGACUUCUGCUACGUGCUCUCGCUGCCCUUCCUCAUCUUCUACUACUUCAACAAAACGGACUGGAUAUUCGGGGAUGUUCUGUGCCGACUGCAGCGCUUUAUUUUCCAUGUGAAUCUUUACGGGAGUAUUCUGUUUCUGACCUGCAUCAGUGUUCACAGGUACACCGGGGUUGUGCACCCGCUCAAGUCUCUGGGCAGACUGAAGAAGAAAAAUGCGGUUAUUACCAGCGCGUUGGUGUGGGCGGUGGUUGUUAUAGCUAUUUCCCCCAUCCUGUAUUAUUCCAGGACUGGCUUGAAGCGUAACACAACCACUUGUUAUGACACCACCACUGAGGAUGAGUUACCUGGUUAUUUUAUCUACAGCAUGACUUUGACUGUGUUUGGUUUCUGCAUUCCCUUCAUUAUCAUAUUGUGUUGCUAUGGCAUGAUUGUCAAAGCAUUGAUCUGCAAUGAUAUGAACAACGCGCCCCUGCGGCAGAAAUCCAUCCACCUGGUUAUCAUAGUGCUGGCAGUCUUCGCCGUGUCCUACCUGCCCUUCCACGUGAUGAAGAACCUCAACAUGAGGGCCAGGCUGUACUUUCAGGGCCCUGACAUGUGUGAUUUUAAUAACCGCGUCUACGCCACCUACCAGGUGACCCGGGGGCUGGCCAGCCUCAAUAGCUGUGUGGAUCCUAUUCUUUACUUCCUGGCUGGAGAUACCUUCAGGAGGAAGCUGUCACGGGCCACUAAAAAGACCUCCAGGAAGGGGGACAAUGUCCUUCAGUCCAAAAGUGAGGAGACGCCGUUCAACAGCCUGGCAGGGUAUGUAGAGAAUGGGGACCGGAGGCUGUGAUCGGCCACCUCUGUGCGCCUCCGAGCCACGGGAGCAGAUCUCUGUUGGCUUUAGAAACCAUGAUGGACUUUGAAAUGAAUGCACUGUGUGGACUGAGGGCUGUGUGUAAAACUUAAUGGUUGAUGGCUUAUACAACUGUAGGAUAAAUGCUUCAUUUAACCCUGUGAUAACCAUGGCAGUCUGUCGUUGUUGAUAAACUAUUGUACUGUAUUGUCGUGUACACGUAUUGUACCCAAAAUGUCUUCUUUCUUAUCGAGUAGCCAGAGAUGCUUACACUCUGGACAAAAUGAUUGGGCAAGACGGGGGGAAAUAGGUGUCCCUACAAGCUGUGAUGUCCCGUUCAUCAAUUUGUUGUGUAAAAAAUGGGACUGAGAACAGAUUGCACCUCCUCUAGCCACCGAGCUGAGAUUUAAUCAAUAGCUAUUAAGGAGGAAAGCUUGUGGUUAAGGAGGUGUACCUGCGAUGGCUUUUCGAGGAAAAAGUAAAUGCACUGAACCUGUGAUUUCUGCAUGGGUGUGCCAUGCAGACAUUGUAAUGCACUAUGACCGGGGACUCUCUGCUCAGAGUGCUACCUAUCACUCCUGAUUUCUUUCUCCAUCUAGUAUUGACUGGGCGAGAAAUGUGGCUGACUAUUUUUUCAUUUUGACAGCUCUGAGAUUAAGGUCUGCUGUGGCUCUGUUCCCACAACCUUUCUCUCCUUGUUACCAUGUUCCUUACAGAAAAAAAGAAGAUAAUCCUAACAGUAUUUUUGUGUACAUGAUACUACGAUGAAUGUUUGUUUUGAGGGUUGGGCUGUACAGGAUGUUGUGACGUUCCAGAUCAACCUGUGUUGUUAACCUUUUGGUUCUGUGUCACUAAUCCAGACUUUUAGUGCAUGAGCCCACAAUCAAAUGUCAGUGAAACACUAACCGCAGCAGGUUUUACCUAUUCUAGUGUUUAUUGCAGCAUAGGGAAUAAAUAAUGUCUCUUAACAUAUUGAACAUUUGUUUUGUAUGAGAGAGCUCAAAGUAAAUACUGCACUAUGUCUGUGUUUUGACAGAUAAUCGUUUCUCUUUUGCAUCUGUUGUGAUCACUAUGGAGAAAUUAUUGUGGAGUGUAUAUUUCACCCUGGACUAUGUCGGUGUUUGAUGUCGGUACUAAUACCUUUAUUAAUAUGUUGUGGUCAGCUAUUGUCAAGAAGGGAAGUGACUUAACUGUAUAGGAUAUUUGGGGCCACGUGUAUCUUUGUCAAUAAACUUUUAUAUUUAAAACAUGCCAGACAAUGU